UUUAUUCUCACUUUUGAAGGGAGAGGGAAAAAUAAAUAAAUAAAAGUGGCCCUUUUGAUGCUUAACGUUCUUGGUGCUUUUACCACGGAACAUGACUUUUUGGGUACUUUCAGUUUUAGUUUAAGAUUUGUCUUUGCCUUUCGGUAGAGGUUUAUGGAAAUGUGCUUCUUAGUUUGCCAAGCAAUUAUCAUUACUUUCUAGUGAGGGAAAAAAAAAAAAAAAAAAAACACAUUUGUUAGACGAGUUAUGUCUGAGAAUAAUGACAAGUACAAUAUUAGUGAAAAUGGCAAUAAUAUGGAUCAGGGUAUCAAGCUCUUCGGAAGAACGAUUCCCUUGUACGGUGUGCAGAUUUCUUCGGCCAAGUCUGAGGAUAGCUGCAGUGAUGUAACAAAAGCAGAACUGGAUAGCCUUAAUGCAGAAAAUUCAAGUGAGCAAGAGAGGUCGCAUGGUUUUAGAGACAAUAAAGAUGAACACACAGAAACUAAUAAUAACUCAGAGCAAGAGAAAGUCUUCAAGAAACCAGAUAAAAUCCUUCCAUGUCCAAGAUGCAAAAGUUCAGACACAAAAUUUUGUUACUUCAAUAACUACAAUGUCAACCAACCUAGGCAUUUCUGCAAGAACUGCCAGAGGUUGUGGACAGCUGGUGGAACAAUGAGAGAUGUUCCGGUGGGUGCUGGGCGACGGAAGAACAAGCACUUAGCGUCUCACUUCCGACAGAUGCUAGCAUCGGGCGACAGAACACAGGCUGAUAGAUUAGAAACUACAAAUUCAGGCCAAUCCCAACUUCUGACUUAUGAUGAAUCCUCUACAGGGAAAGUUUUAAGAUUUGGUCCAGAUCAAGCACCUCUAUUUGAGCACAAGGAAACUAUGCUAACUCUUGGCAAUGCAAAGGGAUUUAUUGAGAUGAAUUCCGUCAAUUAUCCAGAAAAAGAACAGGAUCCUCCACCAGCCCCAUCUGCCUUAACACAAUCUGGUUAUGAGCGAAGCGAAUUACAUGAAAAUCCGAUGCAAGGAUAUGUUGAUGAGCCAGCUUCUCGUCCGCUAGAAUGCCAAUCUAUUCCUUCAUUGGUUCUCUCUCGGAACCCUGGUUGGAAUAAUGCGAGUUCUGCUGUGAAAUCGCACUAUUCUCGGCACUUUGGUGCGUCGAAUUCCAGUGCCUUAAACCAAGUUCAGUGGUUUCCCACCCAUGUUUUAGCUGUACCAAGCUCUUUUCCAUCAACCAUUCCUUUGCAAUUUGUUCCAGCUUCGUACUGGAGUUGUAUUCCAGUAUGGACUUCUCCAACAGGGAAUAUGUCACUGAGUGCAGGAUCCUUUAGCUCCAUGUCUCCAUCUUCCUCCGCCAUUAACAAUCGCUACAUGGGCAAUAUGUCACCAACCUUCGGCAAGCACUCCAGGGAUUCUGAAUCCAUAGAUAGCGAGCCUCCCGAAAUGCGAGUUUCAGCCCCGAAAAUACUGAAAAUUGAUGACCCGAAUGAGCCUUUAAGGAAUCCAAUUCAGACCAGGUUCGGCAUUAAGCUUGAUGAGGAUGAUCUUGUUGUGAAAGGUAGUGUUCACAAAAAGUUAAUACAUAAGAUUGAAGGAAAGGACCAUGUACAUUCCUCUCCAGUCAUGACAGCAAAUCCAGCAGCCAUUUCUCGCUCUCAUACAUUCCGAGAAAGUGCCUGAUUUAGCUCCCCUGUUGUAAUAUUUCUUUCUCGAAUAAACAUAAUUAAAUUGCAUAUAUACUUGCCGUUUACACUUUGUAGUACACAUUAUCUUUAUUGCUGCAUAGAGAUCCUGCAUUCCUCUUGUCAGGAAA